AUGGCGCUCAAGAGUGGGUCGUUUGCGACCUUCCUCAUCGUCUGUCCUUUCUCCACCUGCGAUCGCCUGCACGGAUCACUGUGUCAGCAGUCAACAUGUUUCUUCCUCGGCAUCAUCUUCUCCCUGUUCCCGUACGACUAUCCGCUCCUGUGGUCUGGCGAACCGACUCCUCCCUCCCACUAUGAUUACCUCGAAGCUCACCUGCGCUUCCUGCACGCCUCCCCUCCCCUGAUCCCGCGGAUCUUACAUAUCGUCAUCUUCAUCGGCUUCGCGGGCCUGCUCGCGAAGCUGUACAAGCCGUCUGAGGCGAACAUGCUCUUUGACGGCGCCAGUCUGGUUCUCUACGUCUGCGGAGUGACGGUGUACAUCGCCAACAUCGUUAAGGGUCUACGACUCGUCAGCGGCGGCCAGUACGGCGCGGACCUGGCCACGACACCGGAGGAAGCGGACCAGAUUCUCGGCCGCGAGGACAGCCUGAAAGUUCUGGCGGCGAGCAAUACCAUCCUGGCCCUCGUGCUGGUCGGCGUGUUGAUCUUGCAGGCCGGACAAUGGUACGCGGAGCGGAAGGAUGCGCAGGAAUAUGAGACGCUGAAGCGGAAGAGAGCCGAGACCUCUCCCAACAAGAGAGAGCGGCCUGAGUCGAGUCCCAAUCUGGGACGAGUAAGUCGCCAGGGAAGCUCGUCAAAGAAGAGGCAGUGA